ACGCCGCCGCAAGGGGUCCUCCCGGCCCAGCUGGUAUGCCUGGUAAAAAGGGCAAACCUGGUGCAGUCGGUCCUCAAGGACCUCAAGGUGAAUCUGGUGCCCCCGGCGAGAAGGGAGAUGCUGGUGCGCAAGGACCUGUUGGAGCCCCAGGUCGUCAAGGUCCACAUGGUCCUCAGGGAUUCCAGGGAGCACAAGGAGAGCAGGGACCACAGGGACCAACCGGCCCACAGGGAGAUGUUGGACUCGAGGGAGCUCAGGGAGAAACAGGUUAUCCAGGCAUGCCAGGAGCAGUUGGACCAGCUGGACCUCAAGGAGAAAAGGGAGAAGAUGGACCAGCUGGACCACCAGGGCUGCCAGGAGCAAUGGGAGAGAAGGGAGAUCAGGGAGCACCAGGACCACAGGGAGCUACCGGAGCAAUGGGACCUGCCGGACCACAAGGUCCCGACGGCCCACAGGGUCAAGCAGGACCACAUGGCGCACCAGGACCACAAGGACCUCAGGGAUACCCAGGACAAGCAGGCAAAAAGGGACCAAGAGGCGCUCCUGGACCAAGAGGAGCUACCGGCCAGCCAGCUCAAUACUUAGUUGCUGCAUACAGGGCACCAGCCCCAGUUAAAUCUUACCAACCAGCUCCCUCUAAAUACCAGCCAGCUCCAGUUAAAUCUUAUCAACCAGCUCAGUCUGCCAAGGCAUACCAGCCAGCCCAGCAGUAUAAUAGCAAGGCGGACGGAAAAGUAAGGAGGAAGAGACACAUGUGGAUACAGGGAGCCCCAGGCCCCGUUGGAAGCACAGGAGCCCCCGGACAUCCUGGUCUUCCCGGAUCUCCCGGACCCCAAGGCCCCACUGGGUACCCUGGCUACAAGGGCGAAAAGGGUGAUCAGGGAAUUGAGGGUGAGACUGGAGCACCAGGAGAGCAUGGUCCACAGGGACCUCAGGGUGAACAGGGAGCAGUGGGAGAGGUCGGACCUGUCGGAGAACAAGGAGAGAAGGGAGAGACUGGAGCUCCAGGCAAACAGGGACAACCUGGUGAACAGGGAAUGGAUGGACCAGCUGGACCACAGGGACCAAUGGGCGAAACUGGAGACUAUGGACCACAAGGAUACCCUGGAAUGCAAGGAGAAAAAGGACAUGAUGGACUAACCGGAUAUCCAGGAAUGCCAGGUGAUGCAGGACCAAUGGGACCCCCAGGAGCAGUCGGUGCAGCAGGACCUACAGGAGCACCAGGACCACAUGGCCCUCAGGGACCCAUGGGGGAAACUGGCCUUCCAGGCCGACAAGGGGUACAAGGAUACGCUGGUCCCCGAGGAUCACGUGGGUCACCAGGCCAAGCAUAUGCCGUCAGAUAUAAGAGCAGCGCACCUGCUCCAUAUACAACUAAGGGUUAAAUAAAUAAUUUAAAAAUAAUUCUGUCACUUUAGUCCGAUAGAAUGUUUUGUUUCUUGUGACAAUUAGCUGAAAGGAAUAACCAUCCAAUCGGCCUUUAGUGACGGAUCAUGAUUAAUAUUCCAAUUGUCCUAGAUAUUCCAUCAGAACAAUGAUAUUCUGAUGUAUUUGUUUGCAUUUUCACAUCUCAAAAUCGAAGUAGCAACUUUUGUAAUCAUCUCAUUUUCAUGAAAAAAAAUGAUGAAUCGACAAGAAAAAAUACAGGUGGUAAUUUAACAGGCAAUAUGAGUUGUAAUUUAACAAAAUAAAAAUGCCUUUACAUACAUA